CUCAUUCCGGGACUAGAGGAAGUCAGACCCCGGGUCCCCGGCCUGGGCCUCCCUGUCCUCCUGCUCAGGAGAAGAGGGAAGCCACGGGUCUGUUUUGGGGGCUCAGCCUCCCAAUCUCACCAGGCAAAGGAAGCCAAGGUCAGGGCAUCUGUGAUUGCUCCCUGGUCCUGGAGAGGAAGCUAGCCGAUGGGGGGAUGGGGUAAUAGAGACAGGAGGAAGGGGCUGGCCUGCUAUGGGGGGGGGUGGAUUUUCCACUCAUGGAAGAGGGGAGGAAAGGGCAGAGGGUGGGGGCUUCCUUGGGAAGCUUGGGGAUGAGUCACCAAGGGAUGGGGGAGUGGAGGGUGGAUGGGCUAUGGAGAUAAGUCACACAGCAGUACAGCAACAAUGGAAAACAGCCCAUGCAGCAGCAAGAAGUAUCAGGGUUAGACACCAGGAAGACAUGUCUAGAGUUCCUGGAGUACUGUGGGCAAGCUUGUGAAGGGUCAGGUAGGAAGUCCUGUGACCCAUGUUUGUGCCUGAUGUGGGUAAGAGAAGAUGAAAUGGACCCAAUGAGAAGUAUGAGGGACUCAGAUGAGCGACAGGGAGACCCUGGAUGUGGGAUGACACCAUUCUAGAUGGAUGUGUGGGGUCUGAGGCAUCACUGGUGGACAGAGUGCUGAGCGGGGCUUGUUGUAUUAACAAGGCGUUGGAUGGGUUGAUGUUCUGUUCUUGGGGCGCCCAGCUGUGAGUGGGACUUGAUCCUGAGGCAAAGAUGGCCUCCUACAGCCGCUCCCCCUCCCAGUUUGUCAUCCUCCCGGCAGAAGAGGAACCCUCACACUGACCACAUUGGUUCCUUAACAUUCCCUCAAGAGAUCCCUUGCUAUUGGACAAAUGUCAGCCAGAGCAGGAGCUCGGCUUUGAUAAACGUCACAGUAGUCAGGUAGCCCUGGGAGAGGCAGAGGGGGAAGAGCAGGUUGUUGGUGAGUGUUGGGAGCUGAAGACAAGGGAGUCCCGCACGCAUGCCAGGGAGGGCUUGAGGCCGAGAAGACAGGACAUGGCAUGAGGGUGAUACAGCCUCUGGAUUCAAACAGUGGGCAUUGGACGUGAGGGUAUGUUUUUACGGAGCGAAUGAAGACUGAGCCCACAGACCCUUGUAAGGUGUAAUUAUGGAACCCCCUAAUGGAAGACACAGAGCUUCUGGAUCCCUUUGGGGAGAAACAGGCUUGGAGCAGGCUCUGUGAUGGAGAAAGACAGGCAAGGGGAGCAUGCGGAGGGAGGCUGUGAGGCGGGCAUGGUGCAUGGUGUGGCGGGAGUCACCAAAGGAGAGCCGCUGAUGUGGUCCAGGGCCUACAAUGGAGUGGUCUGUUUUUCACUCGGUGGGUGGAACGCCAGUGCAGUGUCUGCGGAGGAAGAGUGAAGAACUGGGCGGAUCAGGACUUACCACCCCAGCCCAUGAUCAGCUUAGGCAUUAGCGAUUAGGCUUUGCUGACCAUCUGCUUUAUCUGAAGAUUUUCAGCUGAUGAGGCACUAGGAGUUUCAAACACCAUCGUGUCUGGUCCUGGACUGGUGAUUUGGAGAGAGUGCUAACAGGGCAGGAUGGCCCAGGAUCUCAGUGAGAAAGAGCUGCUGAGGAUGGAGGUGGAGCAGCUGAAGAAGGAAGUGAAGAACCCUCGCGAUCCGAUUUCCAAGACAGGAAAGGAAAUCAAGGAUUACGUUCAGGCCCAAGCAGGGGCUGACCCUCUUCUCCAAGGCGUCCCAGAAGACAAGAAUCCCUUCAAGGAGAGAGGCACUUGUGUGAUAAGCUGAUGGCCCAGAACACCCGCCCCCCUUUCUUCCUGUCCCUCCUCAGCCAGGCCCUAGUGUGCUGGGAUACCCAGGCGACCAACGUUUACCUCCUCUUAGACUUAAAAUGAGU